CAUCUCAGCUUAUUUUAGUACUCGUGUAGUUGAUAUGGCUAGGUUGAACAAGAGACACAUUUGCUUUUUAUUUUAUUAGUUUUAUUCUUAUAUAUGCCCCUAACGUUGUUGUCAGUGCAAGUAGUUAGAGACUCCAGAUGAGAAUCUGGCAACCCUACCACUAGCAAACUAGCGCGUGGAGACUGACAACACUGUAGCUCCAGUGUAUCACAUGGUUCAGAGGUGUGGGAGGUGUAGGAAGCCUCCAGUACUCAACGCUGGGCACUGGAUGUUCAGCUAGCUAAGCUAAGCCAGUCAAUAACAGCCCGGAUAAGCGCCGCUGUCCGCUUGUAUGCCUGAGCGAGCAUGUCGGAAGCGGAGCGGUGACGCGUUUCUCUCUCAGUUUCGCUUUGGUGGAGCGGAGACAGAUAUCAGACCUGAGACAGAGGCAGCAGAAACAGCAGGGCAGAGGAACAUGGCGGACCUGGGGGCUCCCCGAGCUGAGCCCGAGCCUGACAACCGCUCGGUUUACAUCUACGACUGUCGCCCGGAGAGCAGAGAGUCCUCUGAGAGGGAGAUAGAGAUCAGCGGUAAAGACUUUACUCAGUUCCUUCAGGCUGUCCGCAAGGAGUUUUCUAUCACUCGAAAAGAUGCUUUUGUACUCACUACCACAGAUCGCAGGGAGAUCAAUAAAGACAUUUAUGGAGAACUUGCGAAUGGCAAAACAUUACACCUUCUACAGUCUGUGGAUCAAGAGCUGACCAAGGCAACUCAAGAGCGAAUUAAUUAUCUUCCACAUUACCACACCAUCGUGCAGAGUGGACAGUAUGAGUACUAUGCAAGUGAAGGACAGAAAGCACUACCCUACGCUUUUGCUGAGCUCAUUGAUAAUGCACUUUCCGCCACUUCACGUAAUCCUGGAGUCAGGAGGAUUGACAUCAGACUGUUGUUUGAUGAGUCUCAAGGUGGUCCAGCUGUAGUGGUGAUGGAUAAUGGUCGUGGGAUGACCUCUAAAGAGUUAAACAACUGGGCUGUUUAUCGCCUUUCUAAAUUCAAUCGAGAAAACAGCACUUUUCAGAGGUGCUUCUUCAGGUCAAGUCCAAAGGAAACUUUGAAUCCUGAGCCUCUGGCACAACCAGGAUGUGAGGAGUAUGGUGAUAGCGUGAAAGAGAACAGGAGUGAUCAUUCUGGAUAUGUGCGUCCCACUCCAGUACCACGCAGUCUCAACAGCGACAUCUCCUACUUUGGCGUCGGAGGCAAACAGGCCGUGUUUUAUAUCGGCCAGUCUGUACGGAUCAUCAGUAAGCCGGUCGGCUCUCCAGACGUACACGAGUUUGUCAUGUCUAAAGAAGACUUUGAGCGGAAAGAGAAAAACAAAGAGGAGAUUUAUUCAGGGAUAAUCCGCAACCGGAAGCCUGGGGACUGUUCUCAUGUGAAAGUAGAUGAAGAGCGGUUUUUGCAGUCUCUCAUUCUGGAGGAGGAAGGCAAGGACAGCUUCACCGCAAUAGUCAUAAACAGAAUCCAGCCAGAACAUGUUACCUACCUCAGAAAUGACUUCAUCUUGUGGACAAGAGAGUUGGCGCACAUCUAUCAUUACUACGUUCAUGGUAUCCAUGGAAAUGACUUAAAAAAUGAGAAGAAGGCAGAUUCUCCAUCAAACAUCGACAUACAGAUCUGUCUGCUCGAGCGUUCCCCUCGGUUACCAAAACUGAUCAAUCUGAGGGAAAUCGAUAAAGACAUGCAGACUCUUUAUAUAAACUCCAGUGUGGCAGAGUUUGAGUUUAAAGCCAGUAAAGGGAGCGACGCCAGAGUAGAGGGACUGAUCAGAUAUCAUCCAUUCCUGUAUGACAAAGAAACCUACCCAGAGGACCCAUACAACUCAACACCAGUUGCAGAAAAUGACGACGAUGACUGUUUUAUUUUUCAAGCUGAGGGACGAGGAAAAAGACCCAUUUUUGAGUGCUUCUGGAAUGGACGAUUAAUUCCUUAUUCUUCUGUCAAUGAGUUUGAGUGGUGUGCAAAACCCAAGAAAAUGUGUACAGUGCCUUUAGAAUGCUACAACAGAAUCUCAGGUGUUCUCUUCGCUAACGACUGUUUUCAAGUCAGCACCAAUAAACUCACAUUUAUGGAUCUGGAACUGCAGCUACGAGACAAAGAAACCAUCUUUACCAGAGUCCUUAACAGCCAGGAGCAGAGAGUGAAGAUCAGUCGAGAAUUCACGAUUUGGUUAAAAGAAUGUCAUGAACGAUUUGACAAACAGGUGAAGUUCAUUGGUUACCAUGGUACAACAACUCGCACAGAUGUCUCAUCUAAGCGGCAGCAGUCGCCAUGGGCUCGGUUCAAAGGCAUCCAUUGGGACGGCAAAGUCUACAAGGCUGGACAGCAAGUGAAAUCAGUGAAAACUCAACCUAUUCUGUUUGGCUCCAUAGUUCAGUUUCUGCUCUAUGGAGACCAUGAGGGGGACGUCUACGCCACUGGGGGACAUGUUCAGAUUGCACUGGAACCGCAGGAACUGUAUAAUGAGGUUCGAAUUAUUCCAAUAUCCAAGAUCGACAGACAGGCAACAGAUUCUGCCAUCAAGAAAAGCAUUGCUGAAGAACUGGCCAAGCUUCCUGAUCAGUUGAAGGUUUCAUGGCCAGAAGGAAACCCGUGGCCUGACAAGGCUGUUCGUCCAGCUGGCACUCCUUUAGGUCCAAUCCAAGUGCAUAUUCUGAAUAAGAAAGGAGAGACGAUGUCCCGGCUGCCGGUCUCCAACAUCAACGCCAAAAAACUCCUGAUGGAGCUGAAAGUCAUCUGGCACUCUCCUAAAGGGGAUGUCCAGACAAACUCUCACAUUUGCAUGCACUCCACCAAGUGGGAGUUCUGGUUCAAAGUAAUGGAAAACUUGAAUAAAUUGGGAAAGUACACACUUUGCUUGCAGACUUUGCUGAGUGAUAGUGAGUCAGCUAGUGAGUGGGCUGGGAAACGUCUGCCUCAGUAUGUGCUUCACUUCACUAUUAAAGAAAGCAGUGCAGCAUGCUUUGUAUUGCGCUCAGUUCCCACGUCAGUGCAGGUGGGCGUGCCCUUCUCUCUGAACCUGGAAUUUAAGGAUGAAUUUGAUCAUGUGACUCAGCCCCCAUCUGACAUCAAACCCCAGCUAGAGUGCAGUUCACUGCAGCUAAAUUACGAGCAGACAGCUUUGAAUGGAACUACAUUUACCGUACAAGACCUGAGAGCCAAGGGGAAAGUAACAAACCAGCUGGAGAAGGUUCACACGGUGAAAGUCAUCGUCCCAGGCCUCAAACAGGACUUCCAGUCUUUCCAGUUUAGUGUUCGUCCAGGUCCUCCACAACAACUGGUGGUUUUUCCUGAGAACGACAUCUCUAUAGAAAACGGAUCACCAGCAGGAUUUAAAGUGGAGGUUCACGAUGAGUUUCAGAACAUCACAACACAUUCCAAACUCAUCGUCCGCUGCCAGUUAUUAGGAGCCCCUGAUUUACCUGUGGAUACUGUUGACUGCAGUAAUACCGGCGCAGGGGUGCUGCUCGCAAAACCAGUUCAGCUGAAGAAUGUCACCACUGAGCAAGUCCUCACUGCCAAGUUUGGCAUUCCUAACCAGAAGGGAAUAUCUUGUGUGGAGCGGAGUCUGCGCGUGCUGCCCAGCACACGUGUCUUCCGUGUGGAGAUUUACAGGCAGGAUUCGGAUGAUGUCAUGUUGAUUCAGAAUCUGGAACGAAUCAACUGGACAGCAGGAGACACACUCGGGAGUCUGCGCUUCAGACUGUAUGAUGAAGGAGGCAGGCUGGUGCCUUUAACACACAAACUUGCACAUAAUGUAAAGGUGAACUGGACUGCAGGCGUAAGGACAGCAGAACUGGCUAAGGGAAGACUUCCAAAUGUUUCUGUUCCAACGAAAGUACAGAGAGAGCACUUCUAUCAGGUGUCUUUUACGGAUCAGCAGUCAGUUGAGACGUCCUUUUUCAUAAUCCCACGUCCAGAUGAACCUGACAAACUGAGGGUCACUCUCAGAGAGAACACUGUGAAAAUGGGAGAAACUCUAUCAGAAAAUAUCUCCGUUGAGGUGGUUGAUCAGUAUGGUAAUAAGACAGACACUCUGAAUGCUGAGAACAUGAAGACAGUCAGUGUUCACGCAGAUGACCUGGAUGUGUCCACCCUCAGUGUCGAUUGGCAGGAAAGCUCAGGCACUGUGUUGGUGAGUGGUGUGCGCUUCACUGGAGGCUCACCGGGUUCCAGGGAGUUGUGCUUCAAGUACCAAGAAUUUGAGGAGUUUGCCAGAGUAAAGGUCACUGCUGGACCCCCUGCUAAAAUCACGCUGGUGGAAGCUCCAGAAAUGCCGUUACAUGUGUUAAACGGACGAGGUCUGGACACUCCGUUCCUGCUACAGUUAUGUGACAAGUGGGAAAACCCUGUUCCAGAUCAGCGAGUUGUCAUAGCGAUCAAAACGCUUUCAACACAGCUCAAGGUUAAAUCAUCAGUGAUGUCCCGGCCGGUGGAUCCAGACGGAAAGGCUUGCUUCAAAUUGGAGAUGGUGACGGCACCAAAAGGAGAGCAUGAGCUGGAGUUCCGCGGAUCCUUCAGUAGAAACAGUAUUCCUGGUCCGGUGGUGAAGCUGAACGUGAUGCCUGAUCCCAACAACCCCGUCAAACUUACUGUGGAAUAUGAUAAUGAGGCCAUCUUAAUAGCAGGAGACUUUUUGCCAGAGUUUAAAGUGAUGGUGGUCUCUGAAGAAGGUGGUCCGGUGAAGAAUGUGAAUCCAGCCAGUCUGACCAUGCUGCUGUGGCAGGGUUUAGCCGCAGGAACCCGCCCUCCUCCUGAGGCAACAAAUUUUAAGUGCAGUCAACAGGAUUCGGACAUCUUUUACUUCAGAGACAAGGAGAUUCCAGAACAAGUAGGAAAAUACAUUGUGCAGUUUGUCUUCGUUGGAGAAAAAGUCAAGUUCCUCUGGAGCAGUCAGAUUGCUCUGAAGGUAGUUCAUGAUAAGCCAGUGAGGCUUGUUCCAGAGUCUUCUCCUGCAACCCCCGUGGUCUCUAACAGCGAUGCUGGUAAUCGCACACUUCUGGACAGUUUAUGUCUGAAGAUUAUGGACAAGUACAACAACCCUGCUGGUACGGGGAAAAAUGGGCAGGUGGUUGUAACAGUGAUCGGUGCUGCAGGAAGUAAAGCAAAAGAUCUUCCUCUGUUUGAGAAGAAGGCCAAAAGUGUAUCCUACAAACUCACAGAAGGAGAAGCCACCAUCACUGGCUUGGCACUGAUGGAGAACAGUCCUGGAUGUGAUGGAGCUGAGUACACACUGCAGUUCCAGCCGGUGAUCGAGGGACCUGGACCCAGUCCUACCAUCACACCGUUUACAUUACCUUUCAGGUUCUACAAUGAUGCAGAGAACCAGAAAGUCAUGGCUGAGAUGAGUAAAAAGAAAGAUCAGCUCUCUCACUCUAUUGUUCUGUACAAAGGCAUAUUAGACACCCACACGCAGCUGGCUUCUGAACUAGAAAGUCAGGUGCGCGAUGCAUCAAGCAGAGAGACUCAGUGCAAAUCAGAACUGAGCAAAAGUGGUAUAGAUGUUUCCAAAUUGCGAACUGUGUCAGCAGUUGACAGUUUGAUUGCUGAAAAGAAAGCAGAUAUGGAGAAGAUACAGAAUGCACCUCGCCGAAAAUGCACCAUGCCUGAUUCAUUUAAAGGCAGUCCAGAUGUGCUGGGAAAGAUAGCACACCUGGCACAGGUGGAGGAUGAUGAUGCAGCAAAGGUCAUCUCCUGGCAUAUUCUUGGUGACAUGGACUGUGUGGUUACAGUAACAACAGCUGCAGCAAAGAAAAUCUAUGAUGACACGCAAGGACGACAACAAGUCAUGCCCUUAGAGACAGUUUUCUGGAGACCAAAUACCAGGCCUCUGCCUCACAUCAGGAAUGAAGAACCUUUAUUUAAGCCGUUAGGAAACCCUGUGUUUGUCCGAGAUCUGCUCAUUUUUCCUGAGCAUGAAGAGAACUGCAACAAGGUUUUUUCAACUGUUGUUGGAGACACAAUAUUGGUGGAUGAUCUGGACUCUGCUAAUCAUUACCGUAAGGGGGUGGUGCAGAAUAAGGUGCAGUGUCCCACGCUGCUGACGCGUCAGGGUGAGCGGAUUCGUGGUAAUGGAAAGUUUGGGGGUCUGCAGAAUAAAGCUCCUCCAAUAGAGAAGUUGAGAGGACAGGUGUUUGGAGCACCUCUGCCUGAAGAAUAUCACACCAUAUCCAAACAGAUAGAGCUGCUGCAGCAGUACUCUGUGGCGGUACAGAAAGCGUCAGAGGUCCGAGCUGAUUUUGACGGUCACAUGCUUUACCUGAAGAGUCCGGAGAUGAAGCAGAAACAGCGGGAGCUUCAGGAUCAGGAGAAGACUCUAAAGGACAUCGAGAAGAAACUAGCCAGCACUCCUGUACGCAGUUCUCCUGUUUCAGUAGCCAAACGAAACCUCCUAGAGGAGCCUGAUGAGACCCUUCCUGCUAAAAGGAUUCGCCGUAAAAAAAGAAUCCUGGAUUCUUAGACAAUCGUCUCAGACCAGCCUGCAAAAUCAUCUCUAUGAAGUGUUUAUCUGAACAGCUGCAAAAAAAACUUCUUGUUUGGAUUUUGGAACAAAAGACUUUUUUUCUUGUAUGUUAAAAAGGGAUCACCAAUUUUUUAAAAGACUGUGAGGAUUUUCUGUCCCACUAAUACUACAUACAGUAGUUGCUUAAUUUCUAGCUUUUUUAUUUUAUUUUUUAUUAUUGCUUGCCUUUUAUAAAGAUAACUAUUAUCACAGAUUUCUAACGUAAAACAUUUUCUGUUUGUAUUUAAUAGAAAAGGCAGCUCAAAAGUUAUGGACUAUGUCCAGAAUGUGAUUUCUAUGUUUCUGUUAAAAAAUAUAAUGUGUUUGUUUUCUAUAAUUGUUAUCUCACAGCACUGUUUUUUAUUUUUUAAAUAUAUAUUUGUUAUCUUACAGCACUGUCUUUUUAUUCUUCAAAUAUAUAAUUGUUAUUUUACAGCACUCUCUUUUUAUCAUUUGAAUAUAUAAUUGUUAUUUUGCAGCUUUUUUAUCUCUGAAUAAGAUUUUUCUUAUAUCUG